AAUCGAUGCUCAGUUAUCGUCCGGAAAAACCCAACAAGAUGUAAAGGAAUGAAAGGAACUGUUCACUUCUACGUAUUACUUUGUGUAACAAUCCUUCUCUAUCCCCCGUUUUCUAUCAUGUGAUAUUACCCAGAAGCCCUUGUAGACGCCCGUCUUUCAUCAUGGCGGAGUUGCUGCUCGAUCCGGCUAUCCGUUUGUGGGUUAUUUUGCCCAUUGUAAUAAUAACGUUUCUUGUUGGAAUAAUCAGGCAUUAUCUGUCUAUGCUUCUACAGUCAAGGAAAGACUUAGAUCUGUUACAAGUCUCCGACAGGUAAGAUUUGAGGACGAAAAAUCUCGAACUGAGAUGCAGGUAGCUGCGCCACCGUGCUAUAGUGAACUUUUCGCAAAGUUAGUUUACAAAAUUGCGCUUCUAGCCCUUGGUAGUUGUUGCUAUUUAUAAUAGCAAUUUAUUUAUAUUAACUAUUUAUAAUAACAAUCGGCGUUAAAGAAGAUACCAUCUGGCUUAUUGAGUUAUUUUCUCCAGAGUCUCUCAUGCCUGCUCGCAAACGGCAACUUAAUUACAUUAAUUACUAUUGCAUAUCGGUGAUCAUGAAGCGUUUCCCUCGAUGUUUAAAUUUUUCAGUCAAGCUUUGAUGAGGAGCAGAAAUCUUAGAGAAAAUGGAAAAUAUCUACCUGAAGAGGUAUGUGAUACAAAAGUUCAUAUAUGGGUGUUUUGUUCCAUAGAUAUAUAUUCGCGAACGUAUAAUUUUGUUCAUCCUCAUAAAUAUAACAUUUUCAACAUGAUAGAGUUUUGAGGCCAGACGACAUUUCUUCAAUGACGAGACAGAAGGGUAUUUUAAAACACAGGAUAGGAAAGGACCAGUUAAGAAUCCAAUUUCAGGUUAGUGCAGGUUCGUACAAUUACAGGCUUGGUAGUUUUAUGUAUGUCAAUUCUUUUGUCAGGGGAAGGGGAGUUUUGGGAUAUCAUGCUAGCUCAGGCUUCCCAACCAGUUUUUCAAGGCAAACUAAAAAAACUGGCUCUUACCAACCCUGAAACCAAAUCCAAUUUGCCCUGGAUUUGACCCUGAAGUGUCCAAACAUAGCUGAUUCACACAUCCCAAUCUUUAAUUGAAAUUGAUACAAACAUGAUAACAUUUAUUAAAACAUAAUACAUUUACUACACUUUCAUCUUUUUAUCUUUUUCAACAGAUCCAACAAUGAUGGUGGACAUGGCCAAAGGAAACAUUACAAAUGUUUUACCAAUGAUCCUCAUUGGAGGCUGGAUCAACUGGCAUUACUCUGGUUUCAUUACAAGUAUGUUAACACUUCUCCUUUAUUUAAACAUUUGUUGCUGAAGCCAAGGGCACACUCCUGGGCAAAGAGACUUUCAGUAGACUAAAUAUAUUGUCUAAGAACACAUCAGAGCUCUAUUUAUUUAUUUUUCAUUUUUGAGAAGGGGAGAGAGAAGAACAUGUCUGAUUGUCUAUUCAUUUUUAAAACUAAAAAUGCCUUGUAAUGGUGUCAUACUUUUAUAAUUUGUGGUAACCUCCAGCGUUGGGAUUUGAUUUAUGAUUCAUUUAGUUGUAGGGGUAAAAAAUUAAGAACAAUCUGUUUUUUCCACCUUGCAGCAAAAGUGCCAUUUCCACUAACAUUGCGAUUCAAAGCCAUGUUACAGCGUGGCAUUGAUCUCACAACCUUGGAUGCAUCUUGGUAAGUUAUCCAUGAUUAACAACUUACAUGUAUUUAGACCCAGUCAAGUAUAAUUCUCUAAUCUGUGUAUGCAAUUGAACAGUAUCAUGCCACUUCUUGUUAAUUUGCUUUAAUGUUUAGUUUUACCCUGAUGUCUCAGUUAACCAACUAAAGUAAGUCCCAUACUUUAUUAACCAAUCUUGUGUCCCACAAAAGUAUUGCAAUAUUAAAAGGUUUUUCUUAUGCUAGGUGCCUUAAACCAGCACUGACAAAAGAAACACAUCUGGAUUUUAAUUGUUUUGUUUUGAUUCCUCUAUGCUUUCAUUGAGCUCAGUUUGUGCAAUUUUUGCCUGUAUAUUGAAAUUAAGGAAACAAGGUACAAUGUGCUUGCAAGAAAAAAAUUCACUUGUCAUACUCUUGCAUUUUAGGGUUAGUUCUGUGUCCUGGUAUUUCAUCAACGUGUUUGGUCUCAGGAGCAUGUAUGCACUUGUACUGGGUCAAGAUAAUGGUUUGUCUUCUUUUUUUUAAUUUCUUUUUCAAUUUUACCAACAAGAGGUUAAUUAAACUAACUUUGACAAGAGAUGACCCUCUCACCCUCAGAUCUCACAAGUAAUUCGAGUUUAUUGAUACUGAUGAAGUGCCUGAUACAGUAGUUAUAUCUGAUCUGAAUGAUAUUUAUACUGACUGGCCAAUCAUGGAAUUACCCUUCCAUUGUAAGUGAUUUAGACUUGGUAAUUGUAUGUCACAUUUACCAUACUCUCAACAUAUGAAAGAGACCUCAAAUUCGCUUUUGUGCGUCUCUUAUCUUGAAAUCUACUUUUAGCUGCAGACCAGACUCGUGUCAUGCAGGAACAGAUGCAGAUGCAAAUGCAGAUGCCACAAGACCCAAGCAAGGCAUUUAAGGUUGGAAAUAACUACUCAUUUAUCAUAAGUACAGUAUUUUAUCAUCUUUAGUGAUAGAACCACCUCCUAUAUGCAAUUUAUAAUGGUAAUAGGACUGAGUGGAGUCCAAUUUGGUCUAUAAUCAUACAAGUGAUUGACAAAAUUGGACAGCUGCAAAGCAGGAGUCUGAUUUGUGAAUCACAAGUAUGAUUACAGACCUAGUAAUAUACAUGGAAAAAUUCCUUGGUUCUGAUUGGUUAAGAUAAAUGCAGUUUUCAGGUAAUUCAGUGCAAAAGAGAGUUAAUUCAGUGCAGAAGAGGGUUAAUUCAGUGCAAAGAAACUCACAGAUAGCCAAUCAAAUGCGAGCCUUGGAUGUCGCCACAAAAUUUGAAAAUUUGAAAAAUUGCAAGUGAAACAAUGGCCGGCGUUUUAAGUAGGUUUUCUUUUGCCAUCGCAGCUGAAAAACAGCUCAAACAACAAAAACACUGUAAAAAGCAUUGCUUUUUGGUUGUUGGUUUGGAAAAAGUGGUGUUUAGAGAAGGGAAUUGCCAAGGAAAUUAAAAAUUACGAGCCAACCCAGCUUAACACUUUGCUCGAGCAAUCACAUGCCAAAAUUAAAAACAAACAUGGUUAAACCUUGGAAACGACGAUUCCACUUCAUCGAAAGUGAUUCGGAGACAGACUGUCCAAUUCCAACUGUUUAACUUUGUCCAAUUACCCUUAAGAUGUGAAGAUAUCAACUUAUUAUUGUUUUGACAGAGUUGAUUUGACCGAGUUUGAAAAAUAUUUUUGCAAGCAGCUGAUGCACUUUUAAUCACAUUUUUCCAUGAAUUUAUAAUGGUUAUGAUUUUUCUCGGGGAAUAAACACAUUUACAAGUAUGUUGGCUGAAAUUUACUUGGUUAUUUAUUCAAACACAAGACUAAAAAUUGAUAAAUGGGUUAAAUUAAUCAUAACCAUAACAAUUUCGGAAUAAAAAAUCUAAAGAAAACAUCUGGUGGUUGUCUAAAACAAAAAUUUGGAAAUUUCCCAGGGGGUAAGGGUUGUUACAGGAUAAUUUGGUUUUAUCAAGCUGGGGCUGCUUCAACUGUCUGAUUAAGGUGUCCAAUUGCCACUAGAAAGAGUUUCUUAGAGCUAAUCAGAGCUUAUCCACUCCACUUGGAUUCAUCCUAAUCAAGGGCUAACAGUCAAAACGUAAGCCCCAGAAUCUUUCUAUGGUGGCCAAUCCCUAUCAAAGAGUCUAGAUUUAAACCUGGAUGCAUCAUUUUGGUUUUUUUGUUUUAUUAUUUUCAAGUUAUACUUUAUUUUGUUGGGAGUGAAGUACUGUUUAUUGAUAAAUAACUUGGUUCUGUUUGUUUCUUCACAGGCUGAGUGGGAGGCCUUGGAGAUUGUCCAACAUGAAUGGUCAUUAGACAAAGUUGAGGAAGAGAUGAUGGAAGACUUCUCACCAACAGACAUUAUGGACGACAUUGCUAAAGACAAAUAUGUUUGAUAGACAUCUAAAUUAUAACCCCCUGAUGUAAAAAUCCUGAUGCUUAUGCCCUUGAAAAAGUGAUGAGGCUUUGACCUGUGCCCUGUGGGGCAAAACCUGUCUACUUGUGGUCCAAGUCAAACAAAGUUAUGUUCAAUGUGGUAGGAAAUUCUGUAAACUUAAAAAUGGUUAAUCUUCUAAAAACUCCAAGGAACCCAGGCCCUUUGACGAAAAAGCUGCCAAAGAUGAGAAAACGGUCGUAGUGGGGUGGAAGGGCUAGCAUAUGAAGGUGGUUGAGUUGAUGGGAAGUUUUCUUACAUUUCUCAGUUAGUAAGUGCACAGUUAGUAAGUGCACUGUCAUAGGGUAAUUUAGUGGGUUUUAUUUACUGUAUGGUGGGCAAAAUUCAAAAGUUUGUCUGAUUUGAAAUCUUCCCCCUCUACUUUAACCCAGAGUUAGAAUAAAUAUCUUACUAUCCUCGUUUUCUCGGUCUACACUGUAACUUACGAAACGUUGCGCUUGGGCCUUAAAUCGUAGCGGAAAAUACUCGAUCCAUAACUUACAGUACGGGCCUCGAACUCGAUCCGUAAGAGGUCUGCAUUCCUCCCUUAACGUUAAACAACUAAGCCCUUGGAAUAAAGCAACUGUUAAUAAAUAAACUUAUUUAAUGAUUACUUUAUUGCAACUCAGUCUUUUUCGUUUUUCUUUUUGAACUCUAAUUAUUCUUUCCUAGUACUCUGUUUAAUUAAGUACAGCGUGAGACAAGUGAAAAGAAAUUGAGGAGACUUUUCCAAUUCUUUCCAUUCUUCCUGUCCG